GCAGUGGCAGGCAUCAAGGAUGGUGGCAAGCAGUGAUGUCGGGUGGCACGCGAGGCGUCAGUGUGUGGUGGUGGGCAGCAGUGCCAAGGGGUGCAGCCAAGUCUGUCUCAGCAGCCAGAGAUUAGCAAGAUUGGCGGGGACAUCGUAAAGCACCAUGCUUUACUUGGUGGUGGGCGUGGCCGCGAUCACCUGGUUGCUGUUGUGGUCCACCACGCCGCCGCCGCGGCUGCUGGGGGUGUACAGUCGGCCUGGCUUCUGGUACUGGCUCAAGGUCGUCAUCUUUUACAUCAUAGUCAAAGUCCGUCGUUGGAGUAACAAGACGGGGUCGGGAGCUGAAGUUGGAUAUGGUGUCAAAGCUCGCGACAAUGUGGAGUUAAUGGAGUGUGUGCAGCCACUCUCCGACCACCCUAAGGCCAUUGAUGCUGUGUACUUCAAUGGAGCCAAUGAGAGUGGUCAUUAUCUGGUGGUUGCCACAGCUCGACGGCCAAAGGGGAUCAUCAAUGGUCUCCUGUUUAUCAGGGUGCCUGGCUUGGGACUGCUACAGUUGCCCAAGAUGCCAGACACAAUGCUGUUUGGAGAUGGGGAGCAGUUUGCUGCUGAGGGCUUGCGCAUCACCCCAGUGAAGCCCAUGUCUGUUUGGAAGAUUCAGUAUGAAGGACCCAUGAAGAUGAAGGACAGCCCCUUGUCCAGGCUGAACGUUAAGUUGGACAUCAAGUGGACUAGUAAACAACCCUACUUCGACUUCGAUACAGACAUGAAUGCGAGAGCUUUGGCGAGAAGCAUUGCCAGGGAACCGUGGUCCCGCCAAUACUUCCAACAACUCAGAGAAGCACAUCAGAGCCAUUAUGAACAGAUGGGCCGCAUGGAAGGCACAGUGGUGGUGGAAGGCCAUCCUUACAUUCUUAGGCUUGACUCAAUGAGGGACCACAGUUAUGGGCAUAAACGAGAGUGGAAGCUGAUGCACCGUUACGGCUUGCACAUGUUCGCCACCCAUGAUGGCCUACAGGGUAAUGUGGGCAUCAUUUGCCAGCCUGCCACAUGUACUCAGUUAGAAAUGGGGUACAUCAGUGAAGGUGGAAAGGUGACACCAGUCAGUAGUGUCAACCUCUCUCUGUGGCAGCAUGGUGAGAAUGGAUACCCACCCUCAGACUACUCUUUCUCUUUUGUGGCAGGUGGGAAGGAAUAUGUUGUAGAGGUGUAUGUAGUAGAGGCACCAGAGUUCUACAUUGGCUGGGAAUGGGAGACAAGAGUGGUAGAGCGCAUGGCCACCUACAGGAUAAAUGGUCGCAAAGGAUGGGGCCUUGCAGAGUGGGACUACCGUCAUCAUGGUGGUCGCCCUCGUGCAUACAGUUUCACUGAUCCUGCUUGGACAGCUGACCUUGUGAAAGAUGCUGAAGAAGAGAAAAUAACAGUGAAGUCAGAUGAUGAUCCCCAGUGUGUGGUUCACUAUCAUGGACUUGUGGAUGACAAAACUUCUCGAAUCAUUCUUUUGAGUGACAGAAGUUACAGCAAAUUAAUUGAAUACAAGAACAUCAGAGAAGAGUUGGGAGAUGAAGCCUAUCAUGAUCAGUGUGAGACUAUACCAUUGCCUGGCUAUGAUGCAAAGAAACAUGGGUACCACAGACCUUGUUACAUGAAAUUUAUCAAAAUUAAGGUACAAAAGGAGAAAAAUAAACAAGAAAAUAAUUCUGAAAGUGAGAGAGUAGUUAAAGAUGAAAAUAACUCUGAAAAUGAAACCAAAAUGAAAACUGAAAAUUAUAUUGAAAAUGAACCAAAAACUGCUGAUAUAUACCAUCUUGAAAAUGAAAGCAUCAAUGAUGAAAGUAACAUUGAAAACAAAAGAAAAUUUGAACGUGAUGAUAAUAUGGAAUAUAACAGCAAACACGAAAAUGAAAAUUGCUCAGAAAAUCAAAAUAUACCUAGGGAUGAACAUUAUUCUAAGGACAACAGCCCAGUGAAUGAUGUCUGUCACUCUGAUUAUGAAAGCAAAAUGAAUGGCAAAAAAUACGAAGAAAAUUACACUAUUGCAAAUGAUGAGACUUUCUCUGAAAGCACAACUGAUGAGAGAUGUCACACUCAAAUUCAGUGUAAAUUAAAUUACGAAAACUAUUCUCAAAAUCAAGGCAAAACAAAAGAUGAAAAUUAUUCCAGUCUUGAUGAAACCAAAGCUGCAAUCUGUUCAGAAAAUGAAAACACAUCUUAUAAAAAGAAACCUGAGAAUUAUUCUGAAAAUGAAAAUGAUAAAACCAAAUCAGGAAACUAUCUUGAAAAUGAUCAUGAAAACAAUCCUGAAUGCAAUUCUGGAAGUGAAGGUGAAGACAGACAUUAUCCUGCCAGCGUAUGUGCCAGCACACUUGAAACUUUCUGUGAAACUGAAAAUAAACAUGAAAAUCAAACUAAAGCCAAGAAUAAAGAUUACUCUCAAAGACAAGACAAAACAAAAGCUGAAAAUUACUCUGUGAAACAUAGGUAUUGUGAAGACCGAAAUGGCAUAAGGAAGAGACACAGAAGAACCUAUAUUAGUGAGGAUAAGUAAUAAUCUCAAUUAUGUAUGUAGAAUAUGAAAAAUGGGUGUGCUGAAGUACAGAAAGUCAUUUUAAUUUUAUUAGUGUCCUUUUUCUUCUUUAAGAUUUAGUUGUUAUUACUGUGUCUUACAUAAUAUACCAUGUUGUGAAGGCAUAAAAUUGAACUCUAGUGCAGACUGCAGCAGUAAUGCAUUUAUAUAAAUAGUAAGCCAUAAAAAUGUAAUCCAUAUUGCUUGGGAAACAGAAUAAAUAAAAUCAACUACAAACUAUACCUAGGAGCACCCUGUAGUUGAAAACAUUAUCUAUUAUUUUCACCUUCCUUCAGCUUUAAUAGAAAGUUGAUAUUUCUAAUAGAUAAUUUGCUUUCUCCACCCAUACAUGAAAAAAAAGAAAAAAGAAAAAAAAAAAAACA